AUGGUUAGACUGUCGUCUUUGCUCGUGGCCGGCCUCAGCGUCGUGCCGGGCCGUGUCCUGGGAGCGCUGGAAGUCGACUUCGAAUCCCUAGGCAUGUUCGCCUACUCCAUCAAGGCCGCGGCAAAGUUGAAGGUCGAAGAUCUGCUGGCCGUCUACCGUGGUGAUGAGCCUGGAAUGAUACCGGGAAUUCUGCCAGGCCCGCCACCGGCAGACGAUUACUACUGGUGGAUUGGCGGAGCGCUGUGGGGCACGUUGAUGGACUACCGCUAUUUGACAAAAGACACGGCUUAUGAUGCCACCAUAAUGCAGGCCAUGACAUGGCAGGUUGGCGAGCUGAAGGACUAUAUGCCGAGCAACUGGAGCGCCUCGAUGGGCAAUGACGACCAAGCCUUCUGGGCGCUGGCAGCCCUCACCGCCGCUGAAACAGGCUUUGCCGACCCGCCUGAGGAGAUGAAGCUGGACUGGUUGGCCUUGGCUCAGGCCGUUUUCAACGAACAGACGAACAAGGACCGGCGCAUCAACUACGGCAACUGCAAUGGCCUCCUCCGUUGGCAAGCCAUAAAUCUCAACAAUGGUUGGGACUACAUCAACACCAUUCCCAAUACGUGCUACUUCAAUAUCGGUGCUCGCCUGGCCCGCUAUUUUGACAACAGUACUCUUGCCGACAAGGUCGGGGAAACAUGGGAUCUUCUAGUCGGGGUGAAGUACAUCGACGACGAAGGGAAUGUGUACGAUGGGGCCCAUGAGGGUGACGAUUGCACCGUCAUCAAUAGGGCCCAGUUCUCCUACAAUCCGGCCCUUCUUAUACAGGGACUGGCCCACCUUUAUAACAUGUCCGACGGGGAUCAGAAGUGGGGGAGCAAGCUCGACCAUAUCCUUCCCCGUACUCUCGAAUUCUUCUUCCCCAAUGGCACCGCAUACGAGUGGUCCUGCGAGAGGGAAGGUAGCUGCACGACGGAUAUGCUGUCCUUUAAAGGCUUCCUGCAUCGCUGGCUCGCUAAUACCGCCUAUCUGGCCCCCAAAUACGCAGACAAGAUCAUGCCCCUGCUGAAGAGUUCUGCCAAGUCUGCCGUCUCACAAUGCACAGCUGGCGCGAACGGACGGGCUUGUGGAUUCAGGUGGACAAGCGGGGUGUACGAUGGCAAAACUGGCGCCUGCCAGGAUAUGAGCGUGCUCGGUGCCUUACUCAGCUUGCUUCCUACCCCAGGCACCGGCGUCCUUACAAGUAACUCCGGGGGUACCAGCAAAGGUGACCCGAACGCUGGUUCCGAUUUGUCCGAGCAUAUACCUGCGUUGCCAUCGAUAACGACCGGUGAUCGAGCCGGUGCUGGUAUUAUCACGUUGAUUGUUCUCGCGGCUGGGUUAGGAGUGUAUUCGUGGAUAGGCCUAUAG